AUGUCGUGUGUGUCGGCCGUGGCGUCGCUGGCCUCGCUGGCGUGGGCCGUGGCCGCCUACACGCGCGCCAUGCGCCGCGCGCGCGCAGAGAAGCUCGCCGUCACGUGGCCCGGGCUGCUGCUGCAGGCCUCCUGGCGCGCCGGCAUGCUGGCCGCCCGCGUGGCGGCCCUCGUGCUCUUCGCCGUCGGCUUCCGCGCCUGGGUCUUCCUGCUCGUGGGCGUGCACUGGCUGGGGAUGACCACAUGGGUGUUGUUGCAAAAGACAGAUUUCUGCGAGACGCCCGCGGAGGAACGUGUCUACAACUGUGUGGUCGGGGUCAUAUACUGCUUCUGCUUCUUCAAUCUGCAGGAGGGGCGGUCUCGCCGGCGCAUCUUUGCUUUCUACACCAUCAUCAUUGCGCAAAACAUAGGCUGCCUCUGCUUGUACGUCACAGUGCUGGGGCACGCACGGCCGGAUGUCUUUAAGUUUGCCACUUCCACAGUAGUUGGUGGUACUCUCAUAGGAAUGUCCAGCAUGCUCCUGUAUUACCGCUUCUUCCACCCCACUGGACCCAUAAAGCUCUGCGACUCUCGGGAACUGGGUUGCAGUGAAGAGCACGACUCAAAGUCACAGCUACAUCCCGUGCAGUCAGCAACGCUUCGCUCUCUCAAGCACCUUUGGGUUAUCGAAAGGAACAAUGAUUCAAGUUCCAGGUUGGACGACUUGGUGCAGCAUCAAGAGGAGGAUGCGUGCAGCUUGGACAAGAAGCUACUGCUGAUGCAUUGUUCUGCAGAAACGAGCCUGCCUUGUGCGGCCGCCGGCAACGAGGGCUCCAACAGCCCCAAGGAGAGGCCACGUCUGCCGCUGCCAGGAGAGGCCGCUCACACAAGCUCGGCUGACCAAGGUGGCAGGGAAACCCUCUCACCCCGGCGUCAGCGCUUGCCCCUUCCUGAUGAAAGGAUUCAGCCGUCUUCACUUUCUCCCCAGGGAAGUAUGGAGAGCCCCAAGCUGAAACGGCAGCGAAUGCCUCUCCCAGAUGAAGUCACCGAGCCUUCGCUGCAGAACUUGUCAGGCAGUAGUAACCCUCCUGCUCAGCGCCAAAGACUUCCGCUUCCCAACGAAAAUCCCCAAACUUCUUGCAAAACUGAGGAGCUCGGUAAAGAUAAACUAGAAGUAACUGAAAAUGAAUCCAUUUCUAUCCAGAAAUAUAAAGUGAAUAGUCCUCCUGUGGAAAACAGUGUAGUUAUUAAGUCCAAAUGUGAAAAUAAUAGAGCAAAAAACGUUUUAGACAAAAAUUUACACAAGAAGAAAAAAUGUCGAGGAAUUUACUCUACAGAGGACAUAGUGUCUCAGGUUGUGGUAAAAAUAAUUGACUCUGAAGAAACAGAGGAUAAAAACAAAGUGCUUGUGACAGUGGGUUGUGAACGCUUCGAGCAAAAAUGCAAGAGUUGCCCGAAUGGAGAGGUACCAUUACCAAGUCUUGGUGGCGAGAUGCACGCCACGGAAUCCGAGGGAACUCCAAGCGAAAUCCUUUCUGUGCCAAGCGAGGUUCUUUCGGCUCAUGACUACGAAAACCUCUGUGCCGUGAACAUUGCUCGUGAAGCUUGGGGUCUCCGCUCGUGGCGGGGCUAUGCGGACAUAGAGACGUGGCUUCACGACGACAGCAUAGUGCGCGACAGGCGACGCGACACCCUCACCAGCACCACAUCAUCAGAGAACUCUGCCCUCUCCUCGGGCUCCCCACCUCCCGUCCCCUCUCGGCGCCUGCGGCAGGAGGAGUAUCUCGACACGUUGGUGUACGACCUGUCCGUGUGCAUGGUCGACCCAGAGCCAGAUCCCACUCCGGGCGUGUUUGUCGCGCGACCAUACGUCGUCGACCAGCACGGAACCUUGUUCCCCCUUCAGACUCUGGAUACGAUAACAGAAGAGCUUGAGGAGUCCAGCUCUAGUGAUUUGGGCGAAAGGCUAGGGCGUUGUCACGGCUCCGCCAGCACCCUGGUGGCCACAAUAGACGAGAUAAGGCUGGGAGACUUGUACAAUUUGGCUGAUGAGCAGUGGGAGACUAGUACACAGCCAUCUACCUGCGAAGACCUCUAUCCCCCGAGCCCUCUGCUUGCGAGUCAUGUUCAACCCCAUCUCUUGACUGAAGAAGUUUUAUUCCUCUCAAAACUGAAGCCCCUCCCAGAAGCUAGUUCUACCAGCAGCAGCUCAGUCGCAAGUGACUCGCCUCAGAAAGUAGACGAGACGCAUAAAAAUAUUUCACAGUUAGAUGUCUUGAGAUCAUCACCAGUUCACGAUGAUGCAGUUUCAAAAGAAAGUCCUACAGUGCUGCAACAGAAUCUUACCUGUUCACUUUCAUGUGUUAAUACACAAAAAUCUAAAUGCAAUUCUGUAACUGGUUCAAACUCAUCAUCUUUAGCAGAUAAUAGUAAUUCACCUACCAACCAAAAUUCAAACACAUCAUUUCAUCCUAAUAGUUCUUUGCCUGCAGUAAUGUCCAGCAAAACUAAACCAGUGCCAGAUUACAGUCUUCCUCGGCAGGAGGUUUCCCCCCUACGAUGCAGCGAGUCUUCUGUCGGUUCCAACUCUCCGGAGAACCCGAGGCAGGGUGGAAGGAGAAACAGGCCGCGACGCAAAUUCUCCUUGAUCAGAGAGAAGUUCGAAACCAAGCAGUGCGGCGACGAGAGCGACGCAGACUCCCUCAGGUUCCCGCCUCACCUGGAUGCGUCCCCGUCGGACGCCCCCCUAACCGCCGUGUACUCGGAGCCCCUCCCAGACGACAUGACCACCAAGAUCCUGAUGGAGAGCGAGCCGGUCGUCCGCUACAACAAGGACAGCGCUCUCCCGGUGCCCAGCAGGAUCAAGCAGUGGAACACUCUGCUGAAGUCGCAGAACGCCACCAACCUCAGGCCCAGCCCGGAGCCUGCCCAGGUGAUCCCCUUGUCGGGUGGUCCGGAGCAGGAGCCGGGCAAGACGUGGCCGGGGCUGGCCAGCCUGAGGGAGAGGCGGAGCAUGUUCCUGAAGCAGGUGCUCUCCCCUCCCAAGUUCUCCAGCUGGAGUCGCAGGGGCUCUGUGUCGCCCACCAGCAAGGUGGUACCGGCUCUGUGAUCUCAGCGGUGUUGUUCCGUUGUGUGUGGAACUGUGUUUCAGUAUUCAUGUGUGUGUUUAGCAAAAGCUUAGUCAGAGAUGGAAUUAUUAUAAUUUUGUUACUAAUAAAGUUUGUCUCAUGAUUAGAUUGUGAUACCAGAGUAAAUGGUUUCCACUGUUGCCAGAUUGAUACUACUCAGCUUGUUCACUUUAAAAAUUUAUUUUUUAUACCAUUGUUUAUUAUAAUAAGUUUUAAUAUAUAUUUUUAAUUUUAGUAAUUUUGGAUUUUCUAAGACCAUAAAAUGGUGUCUACUGACAGUAUUAUAACAGUUGUAGUCAUUCUGAAAGAAAAAAAAAGCUAAACAAAAAUUAUUAUUUCACAGGCGAAACUAUUUGUAGCAGCCGGUCACUACAAUGCAUUCCAUUAAAUCAUGCACUAUGCUCAAACAGUCAAAUUUUUAAUAUUAAAAGAUAUAACUUUUGUGCUCUUCAGCAUAAUAUGGCAAGAGAGCACACUGAAACAGAGACAGUGCUUAUGUCAGAAAUUGUGCUUUGGAAAGAGAGUAAAUGCCCAUUAAAAUGACAUUGCAAUCUAAGGAUGAGACAUGCUAUACCUGGUACCUAAUACUAUUAUGAAGAAGAAAUAUAAAAAAUUAGGAGUAUUCAAACGUCACACUUUAGUGGCUUGAUUCAAAGAUUGGAACAUCAAUUAACACUGUAACUAGCAGCACCUCUGUUAUUGAAACUUCACUUUGGUUAUGUCCACCCUUUUUGUUUUUUUCAAUAUGAAUCUUUUGUAACAUACUCAGUAUGAAGGUGUAUUCAUUAUUUUUAUCAAGUCCAUCUUGUAUUGAAUUUGAGGUUACCUUAAAAUAAGGUAGGGCUGAAAUUUAUACGUUGCAUUAUAUAUGUUUUAGCAGAAAAUGAAACAAAUUUACUUUCCUGCUUAGCAUGGUUGCGAUGGCUCUCAAAGUUAGGAGCCACUGUAUGAUAAGUCUUAUAUCUAUCUCAAAUGGCGGACACAAUCACGAAUACCUGCAAAAAAUGUUUUCAAAAGCAUUUAAUGAAUAUGCAUUAAGCAAAAAUUUGUUAAGUACCAGUAAAAACCAAAUUUGUAGGUUUAUUAUAAGUACAUCAAAUACCUUAUACAACAUAUCCAAACAAAAAAUCUGCCUUCCAGACCAACACUGUUGUUAAAAUAAUUAAAUUUUGCUUUGUUAUAAUUGUAAAGGAAAAUAAUCAGAAAUUGGGUAUUUUUAAUAAAUAAUAUUUUUGGGACAAUUUUCCACAAUUUGCAAGCUACUCCUAAUGCUAAAUAGAUAGUGAGGCUGUCACAAAAGUGUUGUGCAUCUAUAAAUUGCAAUUACUGUUGUCAUUAAACACAGUACAAAUGCAAAGUUUAUGAGAACUUUUUCCUAUACAUCUUAUUUUCUAUAACUUCUAUCUAUUAACCAUACAGAUAAGAAACCAUCUUUGCUUUGGCUAAUACUCAAUAAUUUUGUUAGUGUUCCUAGUAGUUACUAGUCAGAGCCGAACAUGCCAGUGACCGCUUCUUACACGGGGCUCGAAAUAUUAUCCGUCUUGCAUACUGACACAUCAGUGAAAGUUUCAACGAAUUUGUUCAUGAAUUUACUUUAUGUUCGUGAUGUAUUUAUAAUGCAAACUUCUCUUGCAGAUCAGGGCAUUCGCAUAUCUGUAACCAAAACAAUCAUGAAUUCCAGCUUAGGUCUUAUCUUAUGUUAGAUAUGGUGUUCUGUACAGAAUAGUAGGUAGCACUGAAGAAUUUAAUGGACUCAAUCGCUAAAAAAAUGAGUGGAUGGCCAUUACAAGCAUUGAAAUGAGAAGGAUAAAAUUUUGUAGGACACUCAAAUAUUUCAAACAUGUGCACUUAUGUGCAGGUGUGCUAUAAUGCAAACAUGCAAUUGAAUGCUGCUGUUUUCGUCUGUUUUUUUUUUUUUUUUUGGAAAGUAAUUUGAAAGCUAAAAUAUAAUAAAUUUAUGUUCAAUAAUGUACACAAUGAAUGUUCAUGUAGGAGAUUCACAAUUGUAACAAACAUGGUGAUGAAAUACUUGCAAAGAGUCUUGACAGCUCUCAGACACACUACUUCAUUAGUUAUUUCUCCUCCCCCUCAUCGAACACCCCACUCCUAAGCAUUUCACUUUUCAUUUUUCGUUACACUCUGAUCUCAAUCCAUCCAAUCGGCUUAAAGUAGUUUCACUUCAAUAAAAUAGCUUGAAUUUAUUGAUAGGAAAUCAAAAGAUAAUUUUAAAAAAUUUGCUGACUAAUACAGCAUUGAUAGUACUACAAUUAAUAUGAUCAUAUAUACAGGAAUAGUGUUUGUGUUUAGUAAUGUUUGAAGUGAAAUACAUUUAUUGCAAUAGUGAGUGAAUGGGUCUCAUGUCUCACAUCAAUAAUUUGUAUGAUUCAAUCAAAAGUGAUAUGUAGGUUACAACUUCUAAUAGAGUAGGGUUAUUUAAGUGCUUUACUUAAUUUAUUGGAAAUUUUUAAAAAAUAUUUUUUUAUUGAAUACAUUUUUUUUUUGCAGGAGCAUACGGAGAAUUUCAUUUCGUAAGGGUGGAGAUAGAACCACUUUGCUCGCUGUUUGCUUUAAAUUUUUUUCCUUUUGUUUGUGAGAAUGAUAGUAUUAUAUAGAUUUAGGGGUGGGGGGGUGGUUAUACACCCCUAUUUUUUACUGACCCUGGUGCUGUAAAAAAAUGUACAUAUUUUAAAAAGAUUAUUGUAUAUAGUUUUAAAUUUUAGAUUGUGAAGAUAAGUGCAAUUUUGAAAUUAUUACAUAUAGAUCAUUUAUUUUAUAUUGUUCUUGUCUGUUAUUUUAGUGCUGAUGUGUUUUUGAACAUUCUGUUUGUGCAAAUGAUUUUCUGCAGGUGUUAUUUCUUAACCUUUGUUCAUCAGGUACUGUUUUCUCUACCUUGCUCAAUCUACUUGCACUUAAAUAUCACCAGGAUAACUGAUCCCAAGUAAUAAAAUGUGUACCAUAUACCAUUGCAAGUUCAUAAUAGUAUUUAUGGCCAUGAACAUAUUUCAGUAAAUACUCUUAGAAUGUUAAUUAUUGUAGAAAUAUUUUAACCCAUGUUUUCAUUUAUAGAGCUUUUUUACUUCUAUAACCUUGUGCUUGAAA